AUGUAUGGAUCAUCAUUGAUAAUGGGAAUGUUAAUGUUGUGCAACAGAUACGAGUCUAUUACAUAUAGCAUGUGGAUAUACAGGGAUUAUUAUAAUGAAAAUGUCAGGGAAAUAUGUUCUAGAAUGAUUAGGAAGGAGAAAGAGGAAGUAUUUGAUACAUUUGAUGUAGUGGAAUUAGAGUUGCGAAUGAAUUAA